AUGUAUCAAAGAGAUCGUAAUGCCUCAUUAUUUUUGGGCGGUGAACGUAUUUCUGGCAAUGAAGUUCGCAACCAAAAUGUAAUUGCUGUAAUGUCUAUUGCAAACAUUGUUAAAAGUUCACUUGGACCUGUAGGUUUAGAUAAAAUGUUAGUUGACGAUAUUGGGGAUGUAACUAUAUCAAACGAUGGAGCAACAAUUCUCAAUUUAUUGGAAGUAGAACAUCCAGCAGGAAGAGUAUUGGUUGAAUUGGCACAACAACAAGAUAAAGAGGUUGGUGAUGGUACAACAUCAGUAGUUAUCAUCGCUGCAGAAUUACUUCGUAGAGCCAAUGAACUUGUAAAAAAUAAGAUUCAUCCAACCACGAUAAUUACUGGUUAUCGACUUGCAAGUAAAGAAGCAUGUAAAUAUAUUGUCGAUCAUUUAAUCACAAAAGUUGAUACAUUAGGUCGGGAAUGUUUGAUAAAUGUUGCUAAAACCAGCAUGUCUAGUAAAAUUAUCGGAAGGUUAGUUGUAACUUUAUAUCAUUUAAUAAAAAUGAUAUUAUUUGAUUUACUAACUCAAGUGGGAAAUAGCGACGAUGAAUUUUUUGCAAAUAUCGUUGUUGAUGCAAUUCAAGCAGUAAGGUCUACCAAUUCUCGAGGAGAAACUAAAUAUCCAGUAAAAGCUGUUAAUGUACUUAAAGCUCAUGGUAAAAGUACACGUGAAUCAAUUUUUGUUAAAGGUUAUGCUUUGAACUGUACAGUUGCAGCACAAGCAAUGAAAAAAAGAAUUACAAAUGCCAAAAUUGCAUGCCUAGAUAUGAAUCUUCAAAAGGCUAGAAUGCAUUUAGGCGUCCAAAUUACUAUUGAUGACCCUGAUAAAUUAGAAGAUAUUCGCAAACGGGAGUCUGAUAUUACAAUUGAACGUAUACAAAAGAUUCUUAAUACAGGAGCUAAUGUUAUUUUUACAACAAAAGGAAUCGAUGAUUUGUGUUUAAAAUUUUUCAUAGAUGCAGGAGCAAUGGCAGUUCGUCGUUGUAAAAAAGAGGAUUUAAGGAGAAUUGCUAAAGCAACAGGAGCUACACUUGUUUCUACACUUGCUAAUCUUGAGGGUGAAGAAACAUUCGAGCCAUCUUUUCUUGGAUCGGCAGAUGAAGUUCUUCAAGAACGUAUUUCUGAUGACGAAUGUAUUCUCAUCAAAGGAACCAAAGCACAAACUUCUUCAUCAAUCAUUUUACGUGGAGCAAAUGAUUAUAUGUUGGAUGAAAUGGAAAGAGCUUUACAUGAUUCGUUAUCGGUUGUUAAAAGAACCUUAGAGAGUAAUAGUGUCGUUCCUGGUGGUGGUGCAGUAGAAACUGCUUUAAGUAUUUAUUUAGAAAAUUUCGCAACCACAUUGGGUUCACGUGAACAACUUGCAAUAGCAGAAUUUGCAAAUGCACUUCUUGCUAUUCCAAAAACGCUCGCAGUGAAUGCAGCAAAGGAUUCAACCGAUCUGGUUGCAAAAUUACGUGCAUAUCAUAACGCGUCACAAAAUAUUUUAACGCUCGACGAUCCAAAAAAAAACCUUAAAUAUUAUGGAUUAGAUUUACUUAAAGGUGAACUUAGAGACAAUUUAAGCGCAGGUGUAUUAGAACCUGCAAUGUCAAAAAUCAAGUCACUUAAAUCAGCAACAGAAGCCGCCAUCUCAAUCCUUAGAAUUGAUGAUAUGAUUAAGGUUGAACCAGAGCAAAGAGGUGAAGAUGAUGGACACGGACAUUAA